AUGGCGACCUCCUUCGCGUUCGGCAAUUCCGGCGGGGCGGGAUCCACCUCGUCCUCCCCCUUCUCCUUCUCCACCGCCCCAUCCGCCUUCUCCUCGUCCCCCGCCCCCGCGUUCGGCUCGUCCCCCGCCCCCGCAUUCGGUUCGUCCCCCUUCUCCGCGACCACCGCUUCCUCUGCUCCGGCUUUUGGUUCAUCCCUCUUCGGAUCCACCCCCGCCUCCGCGUCCGCUCCGGCCACCGCCACCGCUUCCUCCCCGUCCGCUUUCGGCUUCGGGGCCACUGGUUUCGGGUUCUCUCAGCCCGCGGCCACCGCGUCCGCCUCACCCCUCUUCGGCGCACCCGCCACCUCCGCCGCGGCAACCACGCCUAGCAUAUUCGGGGCCGCCACGACCACCCCCAGCCCCUUCGGUGCAUCGGCCACCUCGUCUGCGGCCACCACCCCGAGCCUCUUCGGGGCCGUCUCCUCCCCCGCGGCCACACCAGGUCUCUUCGGUGCGACCACCGCCGCCGCCAGCACCCCCAGUAUAUUCGGCGCCGUCUCUUCCGCUCCGUCCACGCCUGGCCUUUUCUCUGGCGCCGCCACGGGAUUCGGCUUUGGCUCAUCGGCAUCAGGCUCCGCCGCCGCUUCGACACCGUCAUUCGGCUUCGGCGCGCCCGCCGCAUCUAGCACCGCUACUACCUCGGCUUCGGCACCGGCUCUGUUUGGGGCCGCCACUGGUGGCUCGUCCUUGUUUGGAUCUACCUCCACGGCGCCGUUGUUCGGUGCCGCGGCCUCGUCUCCUGCAACCACUGCCACGACCGCGCCAUCCCUUGGCUUUUCAUUAGCGCCAGCAACAACUGUCUCUGCUCCGUCGUUUGGUUUCACGCCGGCAUCAGGAAGCACAACGACGGCCAGCACCGCCUCUUCCUUGUUCUCGGGUGCUUCUUCAGCCUCUGCCUUCUCGUUCUCCAACAGUGCAUCCGCUGCUCCCACCACGCCUGCCUCUGCGCCCGCCAGUGGUUUCUCCUUGGCCACUUCGCAGGCUGCAUCUGCUCCGUCAUUGUUCUCUAAUACUGGUGCAGCUGCAAGCUCGUCGGCGACCUCUCUUAGCUCCCCGUUCGGUGCAUCUUUUGCUACUCCCACGCCAACGUUUGGUUCUGCUUCCGCAACGAGUGCAUCCACUGUUCCAUCAGCUGCGGCUGCCCCUGCCCCUGCAACCUCGGGGUCAUCAUUGUUCUCCGCUAGCGGUUUCAGCUUUACAGUCCCGCAGGCGUCAUCAGCUGCAGCAGUUACAACCACUGCCACCACUAUCACUACUUCUGCAGCCACGACUCCUUCUACCACAACAACUGCAUUUCCUAGUUUUAGCUUGCAAGCUUCCACACCAGCUCCUGGCUCAACUUCGGCAGCUCAGUCUACACUGCUUGGCGGUUCUACUACAGCUGCAAGCACACUAGCCACCAUCGCCACCACAAGUCAGGCGACUUCCUCAGCUAUUCAAGCUAGCAGCACUGGAGCUAGUACGAGUGCCAUCACUCCAGCAGCACCUCAAGCAGCUAAGCUUCCGUCAGAAAUUGUUGGUAAAUGUGUCGAGGAGAUUAUUAGGGACUGGAACAAUGGUCUUCAAGACCGCACUGCAAAGUUCCGGAAGCAUGCAACUGCCAUAUCUGAAUGGGACAGGAGAAUUCUGCAAAACAGGAAUGUUCUUAUAAGGCUUGAGGCUGAUGUGGCCAAAGUUGUUGAAACACAAACAAGCUUGGAGAGGCAACUUGAGUUGAUAGAAACUCAUCAGAAAGAGGUGGACAAGGCUCUGCAGAGCAUGGAGGAGGAAGCCGAGCGUAUAUUCCAGGAUGAACGGGUCUUACUUCGUGAAGAUGAGGCUGCCUCGGCAAGGGAUAUAAUGUACGAGCAAGCUGAAGUUGUGGAGAAUGAGUUGCAGCAUAUGACAGAACAAGUGAAAUCCAUCAUUCAGACCAUGAAUUCUACUCAGGGUGGUGAGCUUGAGGCUACGGAUACCAUGGCACCAUUUGAUGUUGCUGUCCGAAUACUGGAUAAUCAACUGCGCUCUCUAAUGUGGAUUGAUGAGAAGGCAAACGAGUUCUCAAACAGAAUACAGAGACUGCCCAACAAUAGUACUGCGGCUGAGCGCGACUCUGGAAUCCCAAGGUUUUGGUUAAGCUGA